GCUCAAGGCAAGAUGAGUAGAUCUUUUGUCCCAGGAGCGACGGUUGUUCCUUCGUGCUCAAAUAAGCUCAGGUGGUCGUGAAGAUUUUCGCAUGCUGAGCAUGGUCGCAGAUGUACUUCUACUAGUACUCUUCCUGAACUUUUCGUCUUCUGACACAAUCAAAUACCAGGAGGGUGGACGAUUGAAGUUGUAGGGCAAGGGCGUUUAGUUGUAGAGAUGACAGGGAUGUCUUCUAGUACAUCAAGCGACUCUCAAGUUACAACAGCCACGCUCAAAAAUACAGCGAACGAUGUACAAGUAGUACAACUACAGCGACAGCGACAAAAUUAGUCAACAAAAACAGUAAAAAUAGUAUUGCAACUGCAUUGUUUGAAGAUUUUGGAUUUGUUUCUGUGCAUCAUCGAUGGAUAGAGCGAAGCGGGCGCUUUGUAUAGUCGAGAAAUGCUAGCAUCACGACACAAAAAAAAGGCAUUCGGAGCACAUCUUCCCUUGUGAUCAUGUUUCCCCUACGUACCCCUUGCAGUAGUUUGAUUUGCAGCCUGCGAAAGAAUUGGUCUCGUCAUGUCACGCACAACUUAUCGACGCUAAGCAUUAAGGAAGCUAUAGCUAGUCCUAGCUAGUAGACAUUUACUUUAUAUAGCACUUACAAAUACAUCAAAUCUACAGGAGUUUUUUUAUACCACCAGCCACAAACAACUUCAACUUCAACAACACCCCAAAAAAUACAUGCCGAGCAAUAUGUUGAAGGGAGUCGAGCUCUCUGCUCCUUUACUGGAGAAAAAGAGCGGAGCGCCUUCUUCCUCGACUGCUACUAGCAGUGGUGAGGAACACCACAAGCACGGGCACGGACACCAACAUGGCAAAAUAAAGAAGACGAGUCAUAAUGGUCAUCAUGGUGACCAUAGUUGCUGUGAUCACGGCCACGGACAUGGAGGAGGGGCGAAGGAGGAAGAUCAUGGACACGACGGGGGUCAUAGUCACUCAGGAGGUGAUAAUGAUAAACAUGGACAUAGUCAUAACGGAGGUGGCAAAAGUGAUCAUGGACAUAGCCAUGGUGGUGGAGGUGAUGCGCAUGGCCACAGUCAUGACGGCGAUGCUGGUGGUUGCUGUGGCCAUAGCCAUGGUGGGGAGGAUCACGGACACAGUCACGGUGGAGAGGACCACGGGCAUAGCCAUGAAGCUAGUCACGGCCAUAGCCAUGCGAUUGGCGGCUCGACGACAAGUAAAUCAAAAGCGACAGAAGAAAACGUCAAUAAGCUCAAGCAAGCGAUAUUAUUCGCGGGAUUUUUCAUGGUACAACUACUAACUAUUUUUAUCUAAGAUACCAAUUUUCCUAAAAAUCCAAAAAGAAAUGCUGUUCUUGGCGCUCAGGCUCGGAUUACUACCCGAAAAUAUAAUAGAUGAUCAUACUGCGGUUCCAAGAACGAACUACUGUAUUAUAUAUCAAUUUUUACACCUGUUCACCUAUAAUUUUGUUUAACUAGAACUUGAACUUCCUCUUAAUAUCCGUCCCCACCUUCAUCUCAGGCCUGCGAACUUCUCGGUGGUUAUGUAGCCAAUUCAAUUUCCAUUAUGACGGACGCGGCACACAUGUUAGCAGAUGUGUCUGGCUUUAUGGUCUCUGUUUUAGCAAUCAAGCUCACAUCGCAGCCAGCCUCAACAGACUACACCUACGGCUUCCACCAAGCCGAAAUCGUCGGCGCAUUUCUUUCUAUAGCCUUAGUGUGGAUGCUUACGGGAGGGCUCUUAGUAGAAGCGGUCGGAAGGUAUUAGAUUUAAAACCAAACACUAGAGGACCGAAUUUUGAAUUAUCCUGUUCCAAAUCGAAAGUACAAGGUUACAGGAUUUGACAGAGAUUUGUUUCUGUUGAUGUACCUCCGACUUUUGCGUGAACAACAACUACAACCAUUCUUCAAUAACUAAUAUAACAGGUUCUUCCACCCUGAGGAAGUGGAUGCGCCACUAAUGUCGUUCUUAGCCACGCUUGGUCUCAUUGUCAAUGUAGCCCUCUUCUGGGUCCUAGGCGGUCACGGCCACAGCCAUGGCGGACACGGCCAUUCACACGGAGGAGCAUGUUCUAGCAACAAGGAUGAGGCGAAGAGUGGCGCAGGUAGCGGGUCACUAGCAAUGGAUGCGGCAUUUGCCCAUGUGAUCGGAGAUUUAGUCCAAUCCGCUGGCGUGUUGUUAGCGUCGUUAUUGAUGUGGUUUCAGCCCUUCGACAUUGGGCUGACGAAUGACGGAAUAUCAAGGUGGUAUCUAGUGGAUCCGCUGUGCACGUGCUUGUUCGCGGUUUUGGUUAUGGCAAAAAGUUUUACUAGCGUGCAUACCUUUAACAUCAAUUUUUUUUGAAUUAGAUUAACUCGAAUUGGUGAGCACUUGCAACAAGGAGGAAGAUCCAAGAACCUCCUUCAUGGACACAUUAGCAUCGUCCCGAUGAAGCUUCCCAUUAAUAUUAUGAUGUGACCAAUCUGAAUCUGAGCAAAAAUAUUUAUGUGACCUAGAUCUUUCAUCAGUAGAAAAUGAAUAUAGAGUAGUCCCUCGUCCCCCACGGCCCUCUAAUCGCUUCCUUCUGACGACGAAAGAGACCGCAGUUGGCUGCCUCAACAGUGUCAUGCUCAAAGUGCCCAGUGAUCUUUCUGUGAAAGACGUCCGGCACGCAUUGCAGACCGACGUACCCAACGUGAUGUGCGUUCACGACGUCCAUCUUUGGUCGGUGAAUAAUGUACCUGUUUUCACCUGCCAUGCCAUGGUGGCCAACGUAGAACAUCAGCCAGGUGCUUUGGAGGAUAUUCUCAGUUAAGGCUCAAAAUGAUUCAUUUUCGAAUAAAGAUUAAAAUUGAUAAGAUUAAUCCACUAUCAUCUAGAAAAACUGCAGCAUUUCCAAGACGCAAAGUUUUUUCCGCUUUCUUCUUGGGAAUCUGAAGAAGUGAAGUGAAGUGGAGAAAUUUUUUUCUAACUCAGGCUUAUGAGGGAGAAAUUUGGCGUCGAACACAGCACCGUCCAAAUCGAAGUGGAAGGCAAAUUCGAUCAUAGUCUGGAGACGUAUGGUGGCCUUCACGGGAUGGAUGGGGAGAAUGAGUGCUGUCUGCAUAGUGCGGGACAAUCAGCCAGUGCGAGUCCGAUGUUGUCGCCGACUGUUGCUCCGGCAGCAGGAGAUCAUGGACAUUCACACUCGCAUAAUGGUGGAGGGCAUUCACACUCGCAUAAUGGCGCUGGUGGAGGGGAUCAUGGACAUUCGCACUCGCGUAAUGGUGGAGGGCAUUCACACUCGCAUGGCGGGUCGCUGGAGGCAGUCUGAAAUGACGAAUGUUGAAAUCCAUUUUCAGUUUCUUCCUCUAAUGUGUUCCGUUCAAGAAAGAGCGUUCAAGAAAGAGCGCAAAGCUCUGUCCAUGCUGCAUUCCCACGGAUCAUGGUUGAAAUUCUUUUUCAGUAUUUUCCUCCAGCAGGAGGGCUGGAAGACCCUAUUUUCUUUUUCCCACUUAUCUUUCCGGUGAUUCACCACUUUUUGAAAGCACGAAAGUAGAGCAGAGACAUGACGGGGGAAACGUCGUCUAGUGUGUUCCGUUCAAGAAAGAGCGUUCUCAAG